CCCUUUAGUCAGUAAGUGUCCUCCGAUGCUCGGUGCCAGUAGCCGCCUGGGUUCCUUUCCUGACACCCGGGCACUCUGCACCCACUACUGCCAGACUGUCAGCGGAGCCUCAUCUACUGACCGCCCCAGCGUGAAGCCAUUGUCCCUCUUCGUUGGUCCUUCUGUCGGUCUCCUCUUCAGCGUCCAAUUCCCCCCUCCUGGACCUGGUCACAAUAAGUGGAUCCAGAGAACGGCGACAGGUUAACGCCCUGGGGAACAACUUUGUCACCUUUAGUCUUAGUGUAUCUUCAACAGUUUACAUCCCCAUUCAGAACGACUUACCUCCGUGGGAAAGACCUCAGUUUCGACGGCAAUGUUGUAAAAUUGACGUUUACUAAGGAAUCAUCAUUUUCACCUUGACCUAGGAGAGUUCGUGAUAAUAAGGAUGUGCGACGCCAUCUUGAACUCUAACACCGAAACUCCUGAAGAAGGAAAAGACGGCUCGUCCUCCAGCCCCAAACAAGAGUUGCCGCCUUCUCCGCCAGUCUUGAUGCCCAAGAUGGAACCUGUGGCAUCGCUCCCUCAAGCUGACCCCUAGGUCGCUGGCUCGACUUUGCCUGCUGAAUGCUGCUUACAGGUGGCCAACCCCUCCUGCGUCCAACGACGAGGACGAGUACAGAGUCUGCUGGGAAGGGCACGCGAACUAUCUCGUGCAGCAAGUGGCCAGGAUGGAACAAGACCCGGCCUCCGCUGACGUCACCGUCGCCACCAAGGGCUUCACUCUGCCCGCUCACAGAAUAGUCCUGGCUGCCGCCAGCAAGUUCUUCAGCUCGGUUUUACAGUGCGUUCCGUCCGGCCAACACCCAGUGAUAGUGGUUCGCGACGCUAACCCGAGACACCUCAAGUUCGUGAUCAACUUCUGCUACAACGGCUCCGUCACCAUCCCCGCGCAGGACGUGAACCAUGUUGUCAAGUUAGCAGACGACCUCGAAAUCUGCGGACUGAGGGUAUCCAGCGCAUCGGGGGGCAGCCCCUUGCCCCCGACCUCGUUGCCGUCGCUGCAGCCGCCCUUCAGCGCUCUUCGCCAGAGGCUCUACCGGCCGCCCUCUCCCAAGAAAUUCACUUUCUCGCCCAUCCCGACGUCCUCGCAUCACUCGCCGUCGCACCAGGGGCCCGAGGAUCUGCGGGGCGAGAAGAGGCACAACAGUUCCUCCUCUUAUCAUGAAGUUCACAGCCGAAAGCGCUUCAAGAUAGCCCCGAUACCCGUGGGCAAGGAAGGCGAACCGCCGCACUGUUCUUCGUCCAUGUCCCCAGUGCCACCGGGAUCUGCCCCUCCGAAUCUGCCUUCCACUUCCUUCUUCGGAAGGACUCACCCGAGUCCUCCGAAUUCGGCUCCGCCGAGGUCCUCGCCCCAGAAUCGUUCUCCGCUGAGGCAUGAUCUACACGGCUCCACUGCUGACGACGAAUCUCCUUUGAAUUUGGCGUCCCCACCACAACUUCUGGAGAGUGGUGCCCCCCUCCCACUGACGACAACCCUUCGCUCCAAUCCCCCUUCCCCUCUGGAGAAAAGGGAGCCCAAUUCGCCCACUUCUAUGCCUGUUCCGAGUACCCCCAACAGCUUGGCCUUGGCCCUGACGGAGCCCCUGACGCCAUCCACUCCGAUCACACCAACGACGCCCAGCUUGUUCAAUGGAGACUCCAGUAAUAGCAACAGGAUGGGGCUCGGAUGUAACGCGUCAGGAUGCAGCACAGGAUCCAGGGUGCUGCUAUGGCGGUUUCUGUUGGAUCUGCUCCACAAUCCACAUUACAGCCCUAUCUACAUCCGCUGGCUAGAUAGACCAGCUGGAAUAUUCAGAAUAAUGGAAUCCGACAUGGUAGCCCAGCUCUGGGGUAUGGCACGCAAAAACUCCAACAUGAAUUACGAAAAGAUGUCUAGAGGGAUGAGGACAUACUACAAGAGGGGAAUCUUGUUCCACAUUGACGGCACAAAACUCAUUUACAAGUUCAACACGACAGAUCCGGAGAUACAGCAGCGCAUGCGCUACUACGACUUGACGCUCAAAUCCCAAGAAAAUAAUGAGGCCACUAAUGAACACGCAAACGACCAGCAUGGACUUUCAAGCCAGAUUCCGCCCUCAGCAAUACCCGGCAACUUGAACCUCUCUAACCUACAAGCGAUUCCAAGUUUGCCAAAUUUACCUGUUGCGGUGACGUCAUCGUCUGCUACAUCCGCAAUCGACAGCAUCUAUAACAGUCAUUUCCUCCGUGAUCUUCCGCCGCUGUCAAGUGGCCUUCUGUACGAGCCAUACAUAACUUCAUUUCUGUCCAGAGCAUCUCAAAGGGAACUCUUUUAGGAGAACUAACGAAAGAUCUGACUCUUAUAUUGGUUUUAAGGAAAGCAUGCUAUACCUGGCUGAAAAACAGACUGUCUAAUAAGCUCUUGAUAACAGCCUUUGGUAUAUUAGUGAUUUUUUUUUCAAGACAUUGGUUGAAUGAAGAUGGAAGCUUCGUGGUUUGUAGGAGGACUUCUUUAUGUAUCAAAUAUGUCUGUCUAGAUUUAUCUCGAGUUUGUUAGUUAGUAUAUUUCAAGCCUAGAAAAGUCUGCUUGUAUCUAAGUGAUCGUCGGUAACAAUCUUUGUAAAGAUAAGCAAUGCCGAUAGUAUCUAGGUAUGUUAUACAAGAUGAACUUGAUAAAAACGCGAACUGCGUCAUCUGUAUCUUAUCUUUCAAGUUCACUUCAUAUCAAGAGCUCCAUUGUUUAGUUUAAGUUUUCGUUUCUUUGUCUGUUAGAGAAUAAAAAGGUUCACUAUUUAUUUGACAACAAUGAUUUCUUUCAACUUCAGGAGGCUGUCAAUCAUUUUUGUAGCUGUGACCUCGAAAAAUCUUCAGACAAUCUAAGAUCUCUUUUAUACAAUUAAGUUUGUAUAUGAUGUAUCGUUAAUUGUAUAAACAUCGUUAACUGUAUAAAUAUUGUCUUGUUUCGUUACGUACUUGGUAAUGAUGAUGUCCUGUAAAGAAAUUUAAGGAUGAAGUUGUAUGGCAUUCAAUCUAGCGGACCUUGUUAUAAACUGUGGUUUCUUGGAAGCACUAUUUUUAUAUUAUUCUUUUUUUUCAAGUCUCGUUGGGUUGUAAUGAUCAACUAUGGUUAUCGAGUAAUGGGAACAUAUGGCAAAUAGCAGAGAGAUAUGAGAUAGUUUGAUGACAACACUUUCUUUUUCUAGCUUUAUGGGAGCGAUUUAACUAACAAUGACAGUCAGUGGUCAUUAUAACUGUGGUCGAGUCGAGCUGACUCAAAUCAGGAUCUCCAUGUGACUCGCGCUAUCUUCUUGUGCAGGUUGUCCGAGGUGCAAAACGGCGCAUAAGUUGUCAGCAACAUCGUCCUUUAGGAAAAACCAGUCUCAUUAAGCAAGACAGAGUUUGUGGCCUAAAAUACCAUUCAAACUUUCGUUGUUUUGUGAGAAAUUUGCGUGAUACCACCUGCGUUGUAUGAUAUUUACACCCAACCUUUUUCUAUAACAUUUAGCUACAUUCAACUUCUUCCCACGAGUUUUUUUUUUUUUUUUUUUUUUUUUUAUAAUGCCGAUCAAACAGCCGUAGUCAGAGGUAAUGAAAGUGUCGCAUAAGUGGAGACAAGUUGCCCGUCUUUGCAAACUUUUAAUAUGAGAGUAAUGAAUGAAGCUAGUUUUACAGUUAAGAUGGGAAUAGAUCUAAUAAAAAAGAACAUAAGUAUCUUGGUAAUGAACUUUAAAAAUAGAUAAAGAAUGAAAUAAACAAAAAAAGAGCCUACUUAAUCUAUAGGUAAUGACAUGUUAGGAAACCUGUUUUUUUUUCUAUAGAAAAUUCCAACUUAUGCCAUCCUAAACUUGUACAGAAUUCCUGUGGGGUAAUUUUCAUGCCAGAGUAUGUGCUCAGUAGGAAAGAAGAGUUACACAAACUGAAGUAACUAAUGAAAUCAGACAUUCACAACGAGGGGUUCUUGUCAAGGAGAAUUUUAAACCUGAUGGUUUUGUCUGUUUUUAUGAAACGAGGCACACAUAAUGGCCAGAUGUUAUUUUUCAGAAAGAGGUUUCUAGAGGUUGAUGUAGUCUUUCUUAUAGGAACAUUUGGAAAGAGCCCGUCAAAGGAAGUGGUAUGUGUUCUAACUUUUAAAAUGUAUUAUAUUUAUAUAAGCAACAAUGUAUUUAAUUUUAUGCAAAUUUUCAUUCGUUUUCCCUGUACUCUUUAUUGGAUCAGAAUCAACACCAUGGAGGCCGAUGGUGUUGCGUUCUCUCCGCACUUCAGAACAUUCCAUGAACUUUUUCUGGGGAGAGGGUGUUGAAGGGUCUGUUCGAUGCGCUUGUACGGUCAUCAACCGUCCUGGGAUUUGAAAGUCCGUAGUGAUGUCCCAGUUGAUUUGUAGUUUUACAAAAACAAAUAAAGUAUUAGUCGGGA